AUGUUAUAUAGGCGCGUAAAUAAUUAUGGUAAAGAUACUGAACCAGAAGCUAUCGUCGCAUUGGAAAACCAAUUAAAAAUUAAAGUGAAUCCAUGUGGACUUAUUAUUGAUGAAAAUUUUCCUUAUUUAGCUGCUUCUCCUGACGGUAUUGUCGAUGGCGAUUUUAUUGUUGAAAUUAAAUGUCCAUUUGGAGUAAAAGACACUAAGACAUUUUUAGAAGCUAUAAACAGUAAAAAGUUAUCCUUCUGUCGUCUUAGUAACAACGGGAAAAUGGAAUUGAAAUUAGAUCACAAUUAUUACUACCAAGUUCAGGGACAGAUGAAAAUCUCCAAACGAAAUUUGAUAGAUUGUCAUUUGUCAAUAUAA